AUGCAUUUCCUCACUCACACUGCCAUCUCCAUCGCUCUGGCUAGCACUGCGGUGUUUGCUACGUCCUGCAAAACAUACACACCCUCCGACAAGGAGUAUACCCAACCAUCUGACCGCACUUUCGUCGUCAGCAAAGGCAUAGUCUGUGAAUCCACAACCGGCUACUGCAAAGUCCCCUUCGGCGGCUAUGUCACCGACGGCCGUACCCUGAACGUCACAAUUUCCUCUCCAGGACCCAUCUACGACACUAUCAGUUCCGUCGUAGGUUUCAAGUUCAACGACACGACUACCGAAUGGGUAGGUGGUGCCCACGAUUUACAAGGCAUUCAAAACGGCACUGCCGCAUAUGUUGGCCUCACCCUUAAUCAUCACUGCACAACUGGCACAUUAUCCGAUUGCGACGACUCUGCAAUCAACAACAUUGCUGUGGAAGCUUGCACGCCUUACAGUAUCAAUGGUGGUGGUGGGUUUUCUGGAACUUUUGCGCCUGUUGUGUCCGAUGCCAGUACUGUGGAUGCUUUGAAGUGUAAUCCGGCAAACACUACUCAGGCGAAGAAUGGAAAUAACUCGGCUACUUGUGAGGAUGCUAGUUCACAGCUUCCUGUUGGAGAUGCGAGUCGACUUGGGGGUGUGUCGAUGUUGUUGCUUGUUGGAUCUUUGAUGGUUGCGACUCUUGGAUUCGAGUGGCUCUAG